AUGGCCACAAUGCACUUCUUCACGCUUCUGCUACUGUUUCCCUUACUUGUUUCCGCCACCCCGCCUCCGUUUCUGCCGCCGCCGCCGCCUCUUACGCCGACGGGGCGCAGCCGGGAAACCCAGGGGGAGAUCGACGCGCUUACAGCGUUCAGGCUCGCGCUCCGUGACCCUCUCGGCGCGCUCGACGGCUGGGACGAGGCGUCUCUCUCCGCACCUUGCGACUGGCGCGGCGUCGCGUGUGAGCCGAACGCCGCCCGCGUCGUCGAGCUCCGACUCCCUCGCCUUCACCUCUCCGGCCUCAUCUCUCCUCGGCUUGCUGACCUCCGGCUCCUGCAGCGUCUGAGCCUCCGGUCGAACCAGUUCUAUGGGUCGAUUCCGCCAGCAUUGGCCUCUCUUGGCAACCUCCGCUCCCUCUUCCUCCAGUCCAAUGCCCUCUCCGGUCCCAUCCGCACCUUCCCACUCUCCAACCUCUCCUCCCUCCAAGUCCUCAGCUUUGUCGGAAACCUCCUCAUUAGCUCUGUGCCCGCCGCCUUUCCUCCGGGUAUCCACUACCUGGACCUCUCCUCUAAUGCAUUCGCCGGCCUUGUCCCGGCCAACCUCUCUUCCGCCGCCACGCAGCUCCAGUUCCUCGACCUCUCCUACAACCACCUCCGCGGCAUCAUCCCCGGAGACCUCGCGCUUUCUUUCCUCUACCGUGGAAACAAAGCUUUCCUCUUCGGGGCCUAUUUCCUGUGCGCUCAUCGGGCAUUGCAUGGUUGCCCGGCGAAGAAGCAAGUGCAGCGAUCGGGCGAUGAUCCUUUGGCCUACGACGUCACCUACCACGAGGACCACACUUGCCUCCAGCAGCCAAGGGAGGAGCUGGAGCAGGGAGAUGUAAUGCAGCGCGACCAAGAACAGAGUGCGGCGGCGCAGAAAUUUGAAGGAGAGGAGUUCGUGGGGCAGAGUGAGCCGUUCUCUUGGCCCGUGGAAGGGCAGCAGUUUUUCUCUGCUUUGCCGUAUCGGUUUGGGUGCUUUGAUGAAGCAUGCAGCGAGCAGUUUGCUUUCGAUGCAGUUCGACGGAGACUGGGAGAUCGACCUCUGGGCAGAGUUCAUGAAUUGAUGCAAUAG